AUUAAUUCAAAGUCGCGUCAAACACUAUGGAGGAGAGACACGACGAGAUGUUCAUGGAAAUUCUGCGCGACGAGAAGAAUUUGUCCGGCUUUCUCGAUGCUUUCUGCGGUUUUCUUUACAGACGUACGGACUUUUACGUCGAGGCAACCCCUGAAACUCGUGUGGGCUAUCCGCCGGGCAUCGCCGAACAGAUACUCUUGACCAUCUCGCGCAAGUGGCAAGACAAAAAGAAGGAAUCGCAAAAUCCAAAAAAAGCCACAAACGAUGCCGAUCAAAACAAAGAAUCGAAGGAGCCAACGAAAAAAAGCGAAACCGGCAGCAGCAGCAGCAGCAGCUCUACGAAAAACGAGCCAAAAAAAUCGAAACUCCUGGACAAGCCGUUCACGAACUGCUACAACGGCGCGACGUACGACAAUUACUCGUGGAGCCAGACGAUCGGCGACAUCGACUGCCUGGUCAAGGUGCCCGAGACCAUCAAGAAAUCCAAGCAGGUCAAGGUCGACAUCAAGGCCGAUUCCCUGCUGAUAAAACUGUGCUCCGAUGCCGGCCAGUGGGACACACACUUCGAGGGCAAGUUCAGCUUCAAUAUUCGUCACAACGAUUCAUUCUGGUGUCUCGAGCCCGGCAAGACCAUCAACCUGCAUCUGUCAAAAGGCCAGGAGAGAUGGUGGGAGAACAUGCUGGAGAGCGAGCCUAAAAUCGAGCUGAGCAAGAUCGACUGCUCGAGGCCGAUGGACGACAUGACCGAGGGCGAGCAGAUGAAGAUCGAGGAGCUCAUGUGGAAUCAGCGACAAAAGGAACUCGGUUUACCCACCAGCGAGGAUGCCGAGCGCAAGCGCAAAGAGGAGCAACUGCUCAAGGCAUGGAACGCCGACGACUCGCCGUUCAAGGGUAAGAAGAUUGAUCUGUCGAAGAUGCACUUCAAGUGAGACAGCAGCGGUAACGACGAAUCGCGAGGCAGCCGAGGCAGAGAGCAGAAAAGAUUAUGCAUGAAUUUUGCCGCUGUGGAUCGCGCGUCGUCUCUUCAACUAUGCAUCAACGACGACAGGAGGAGGCGACAAGUGUUUUUUUCUUCGGACGCCGUAAUAAUAACAUUGUAUAGAGUACAAACAACAGCAGUAGCCCACGUAAUCGCGCUGCAUCAAUCUUGUAACGCAUAUUGUACGCACAUGUAUAUAAUACACAUUUUUUCACCAGGCUUUUGUUAUAACGUUAA